AUGAGACUCCGUGCUCAGCAUUCGUGGCUGCCAUGGCUGGGUUCGUUCAGCAUUGCCUUGUACGCUGAGGUACCUCGCCCUGGCGAAAAGCCAUGCCCUGCUCCCUGUGCGCUUUCGGGUCUAGACACCUCAAACUGGACCGCAUACCACAGCGUCAACAGACUCAAGUUCUGCAAUGAGCCAAUGCUCCUAGACUUUUCGGCCCACACGCCUCUCAAGGAUAAAAGCAAAGGACAUGGCAUCAAAGCAUGCGUUCUUGGCAAUGGUGGUUCAGAUACUCCUCUUACAACCAGUUCUUCCAAUAAGCCAUCUCGGACAGAAGCAGUCAAUGCGACAAAAAUUUCUGUAGAGCUGGCACAGUGGAACGCCCUCAAUGCCGUCGAUGCAAGCAAUCAUCUUUGCCGGCCACAAGAACGCGCAGCUGUGGGAAUUUGGAUUGGCGCCCUGGUGCGGGAUGACAUAUUCCGCGCUGAAGUGAUCAGAAAGUUCUUGGAGAAGAUGAAUAGCGGCGAGAAACGUGAGAAACAGAUUGCCCAUCUCUGCGAUGAGUCACACGGUGCCGAUUUUGGGUUUGGAAUAACUGUUGCCUACGGCGAUUCGGCUCUUGAAACUGUUCAAGAGGACGUCAAAGCUUGGGCAGACUCAACUUGUAUUAAAAAUACACCACAGACAUCCCAAUUUGGGGACGUGGCUCUUACCACAAUGCCUCCCGCUCGACGAUCAAGACGGUCAGCUCCCAACAACAAACUUUGGAGCCGUGGCUUGUGUCGCUCGAUCGGGGUGGGACAGGGUGAAGGUUGCUAUGAUCUUGCCGAGAAAUGCGGCAUCUCCCUGAACGACUUUCAGAAGUGCAACCCUGGGUCAAACUUUUGCUCCUCACUGCAGCCAAAACAGCCAGUUUGUUGCUCAGAAGGCACUCUACCGAAGCCCGAAAAGGGUUCCGAUGGAUCUUGUGCUGCUUACACUGUCCAAGGAGGAGAUACGUGUGGCUCCAUUGCAGCAUUUAAUGGCAUCCAAACGUCAGAUGUUGAGAAUUUGAAUAAAAAGACUUGGGGCUGGUUUACCUGCAACAACUUACAAGUAAUGGCCAGAACGUGCCUGAGUGACAGCUACCCCCCUAUGCCCGAACCAGUUCCCAACGCCGAAUGCGGUCCAACGGUCCCCGGCACGAACAAUCCGGCGCGAGAAGUUGACCUAGCCGGCAUGUUGCAACUUUGGGGCCACUGCGGCACAACCAGCCAGUUCUGCAGCAAGGCGGGCGGUAAUGUGCCUCCUACGCUGGCAUGCACAUCCAACUGCGGCACGGAUAUCGUCAAAAGUCCUCCGCCGGCAGAGUUUAAAAGGGUCGCUUACUUCGAAGGGUUCAGCACAAAGCGCAGUUGCAUAAAAACGGAUUCCAGCCAGGUCAACGAGGAUGCGUACACACACAUUCACUCUGCAUUCAUUGGUCUGACGCAGGAUUGGAAAAUUGAGACUUCAGAUACGCAAUACCAGUGGAAGCACUUCAAAGACCUGAAAAUGAAGAUGAAGAAGAUCGCUUCGUUUGGUGGCUGGAGUUUCUCUGCCGAGGCACCAAAUUGCGAUGUUUUCCGAUCGGGAAUGAGGCCAGAAAACAGAAAAACGCUCGCUACCAACAUUGCAGACUUUGUGACCCAAAAUAACCUCGACGGCGUUGAUAUUGACUGCUAUGGGACAUCUUUUCAGAUGGCGUCUUCUGAAUGCACUGGGCCUAACUGCAAAUUCACAGGCCCUGAAUCAGGAGCGAAGAAGGGUCCCUGUACUGACACUGCGGGCUAUAUCUCCAAUGCCGAAAUCCAACAGAUUGUGCAGAACGGAGCGCCUGGGCUUAAACAGUACACUGACAACAGCGAUUCCGAUGUUCUUGUUUUCGGUGACAAUUGGGUAGCCUACAUGACGGAUGACCGAAAGGCCAAGCGCACCGCGAGGUACAAAGAUCUCAAUUUUGGUGAUGUCAGCGACUGGGCUGUGGACCUUGGUGCCUUUUACCCGCCGAUAGGAGGCGACCCAAAUAACAAUGGAAGCGUGCUGCCAUACUCUUCCAUGAGGCCGAUUUUGCAAGGCUGCGAUAAAUAUGAGGGACAAUAUGUUACUCAAGCCUGGAACGAGGCUGGAAAGAUUGCUUGGACUCACUGGCAAUGGGGUCCUAAAGGCAAAUGGCAGAAUGCCACAUAUGGACUUGUACAUGGGUGA